AUGAAUGCCUACAUCGAUCACAUCGACACCGAUGACGAUGAUGAAGACGAUGUUGGUGUAUUCAUCAUCGCCGGCGACUGCUGCAGUGAGGACGAUGACACCCUCACUGGUGAAGACAAAGUUCUUUCAGCAGUGCACACGAAGCGCACUGCUGUUGACAAGGAUGAAUCAGCAGAGGAAUUUCUACUGACUCGCGAAGCGGUUGUCCGCUUCGUUCAAGACUUUAUUGCAGAUGCACUGGACAGACGGAAAAGAACGCAGACAAACAUAGAAGAGCAAAGGUUCUUUCGUUUGAUGAAGGAGACCUAG